GCGGGCUGGCUGGCGCCUGGAGCUCGGGCUCGGGAUCUGCACAGGCUCUGCGGGCGUAGGCGGGGCGUCCCGAGGAGGCGCGGGGGCCCUGGCCAGGGUCCGGCCCUCGGAACCUCGGCCUCAAGAGGGAAGGGGCUCCGGAGCUGCGGGGAGGCAAGAUGAUUUCUCUCCCCCAAGCUUGGAACAGCUGAAGGAAACAACAGUACAAGAUGAGAACAACAAAGGUCUACAAACUUGUCAUCCACAAGAAGGGCUUUGGGGGCAGUGAUGAUGAACUAGUCGUGAACCCCAAAGUGUUUCCUUACAUCAAGCUUGGAGACAUUGUGGAGAUUGCUCACCCCAACGAUGAGUACAGCCCUCUGCUUUUGCAGGUCAAGUCACUUAAGGAGGAUUUGCAGAAAGAAACUAUCAGUGUGGACCAGACCGUGACUCAAGUGUUUCGGCUAAGACCUUAUCAAGAUGUGUAUGUGAAUGUCGUAGACCCUAAGGAUGUGACCCUUGACCUAGUGGAAUUAACCUUUAAGGAUCAGUAUAUUGGCCGUGGGGAUAUGUGGCGACUGAAGAAAAGUUUGGUCAGCACAUGUGCCUAUAUCACUCAGAAGGUGGAAUUUGCUGGCAUCAGGGCGCAGGCUGGGGAGCUGUGGGUCAAGAAUGAGAAGGUCAUGUGUGGUUAUAUAAGCGAAGAUACCAGGGUGGUAUUCCGUUCUACGUCAGCUAUGGUUUACAUAUUUAUUCAGAUGAGCUGUGAAAUGUGGGAUUUUGAUAUUUAUGGGGAUCUGUAUUUUGAGAAAGCUGUGAAUGGUUUCCUUGCUGAUCUCUUUACCAAAUGGAAGGAGAAGAACUGUAGUCAUGAAGUGACAGUGGUCCUAUUUUCUAGGACUUUCUAUGAUGCAAAAUCUCUUGAUGAAUUUCCUGAAAUAAACCGAGCCUCAAUUAGGCAGGAUCACAAGGGGCGAUUCUAUGAAGACUUCUAUAAGGUGGUGGUGCAGAAUGAGAGGAGAGAAGAGUGGACCUCCCUCCUCGUGACCAUUAAAAAACUCUUCAUCCAGUAUCCAGUGCUGGUGCGACUGGAACAGGCAGAGGGCUUUCCUCAAGGAGACAAUUCUACCUCAGCACAAGGAAACUACCUAGAGGCCAUCAAUCUGUCAUUCAAUGUGUUUGACAAGCACUACAUCAACCGCAAUUUUGACCGAACUGGGCAGAUGUCUGUGGUGAUCACGCCCGGGGUGGGUGUGUUCGAAGUGGACCGGCUACUCAUGAUACUGACCAAGCAGCGGAUGAUAGAUAACGGAAUCGGUGUGGACUUGGUGUGCAUGGGGGAGCAGCCGCUGCAUGCUGUCCCGUUGUUCAAGCUGCACAAUCGGAGCGGCCCUCGCGACUCUCGCCUGGGCGACGACUACAAUAUCCCUCACUGGAUAAACCACAGUUUCUACACAUCCAAAAGCCAGCUCUUUUGUAAUAGUUUCACCCCACGAAUAAAACUGGCUGGAAAGAAGCCUGCCUCUGAGAAAGCAAAAAAUGGCCGUGAUACGUCUCUGGGGACUCCCAAAGAAUCUGAGAACACCCUUCCCAUCCAAGUGGAUUACGAUGCUUAUGACGCGCAAGUCUUCAGGCUGCCAGGCCCAUCCCGGGCUCAGCGCCUCGCCACCUGCAGGUCCGUGCGAGAGCGGGAAAGUCACAGUCGGAAGAGCGCCAGCUCCUGCGAUGUCUCAUCCAGCCCUUCCCUGCCUGGCCAGGCGCUGCCCACAGAGGAGGUGAGGAGCCAGGCUUCUGACGACAGUUCCCUGGGCAGAAGCGCCAACAUCCUGAUGAUCCCUCACCCCCACCUGCACCAGUAUGAAGUCAGCAGCUCCUUGGGCUACACCAGCACUCGAGAUGUCCUGGAGAACAUGAUGGAGCCACCACAGCGGGACUCCAGUGCGCCGGGGAGGUUCCACGUGGGCAGCGCAGAGUCCAUGCUGCACUUUCGACCUGGGGGAUACAUGCCCCAGCGGGCACUGAUCAACCCCUUUGCACCCUCGCGGAUGCCCAUGAAGCUUACAUCCAACAGGAGGCGCUGGAUGCACACUUUUCCUGUGGGACCAUCUGGAGAGGCUAUCCAGAUCCAUCACCAGACCCGACAGAACAUGGCAGAGCUGCAGGGCAGCGGGCAGAGGGCCCCAACCCACUCCUCUGCAGAGCUGCUGGAGUUGGCGUACCAUGAAGCCACGGGAAGGCACAGCACUUCCCACCAGCCUGGCGAUGGCACAUCCUUCUUGAACUUCACUGGAACAGAAGAGCUUUCUGUCAGCCUGCUCAGCAGCAGUGGUGCAGGUAUGAAUCCUAGGACCCAGAAUAAGGAUUCUUUAGAGGACAGUGUUUCUACCUCUCCAGACCCAAUUCUGACGCUGUCUGCUCCCCCUGUAGUGCCAGGCUUCUGUUGCACAGUUGGCGUGGACUGGAAGUCUCUCACUACUCCGGCGUGCCUCCCCCUCACCACGGACUACUUCCCCGACCGCCAGGGCCUGCAGAACGACUACACAGAGGGCUGCUACGAUCUCCUCCCGGAGGCCGACAUCGACAGGAGGGACGAGGAGGGUGUGCAGAUGACGGCUCAGCAGGUGUUUGAGGAGUUCGUCUGCCAGCGGCUCAUGCAGGGCUACCAGAUCAUCGUGCAGCCCAGGGCGCAGCAGCCCAGCCCCUCUGGCCCGCCCCCGCUCAGCAGCAGCCCUCUCUAUGGCCGUGGCCUUGUGUCCCGAAACCGCCCAGAGGAGGAAGACCAGUACUGGCUGAGCAUGGGCAGAACUUUCCACAAAGUCACACUGAAGGAUAAGAUGAUCACAGUGACACGAUACCUUCCCAAGUACCCUUACGAAUCUGCCCAGAUCCACUACACCUACAGCCUCUGCCCCUCCCACUCAGACUCGGAGUUUGUCUCCUGUUGGGUGGAAUUCUCGCACGAGCGUCUGGAGGAGUACAAGUGGAAUUACUUAGACCAGUACAUCUGCUCUGCCGGCUCUGAGGACUUCAGCUUAAUCGAGUCUCUGAAGUUCUGGAGGACCCGCUUCCUGCUGCUGCCAGCCUGUGUCACCGCCACCAAGCGCAUCACGGAGGGGGAGGCCCACUGUGACAUCUAUGGGGACAGGCCCCGGGCGGACGAGGAGGAAUGGCAGCUCCUGGAUGGCUUCAUCCGAUUCGUGGAGGGCCUAAACCGGAUCCGCCGGCGGCAUCGCUCCGAUCGCAUGAUGCGGAAAGGGGCCACCAUGAAAGGCUUGCAGAUGGCUGGGCCCAUCCCCACCCACUCCCUCGAGUCGACCGGCCCCCCGGUUGGGAAGAAGGGAACCUCAGCUCUGUCUGCCCUGCUGGAAAUGGAAGCCACUCAGAAGUGCCUGGGAGAACAGCAGGCGGCGGUGCAUGGGGGCAAGAGCUCCGCCCCCCCGGUCGAGAGCAGCGGCGUAGCCAUGACUCCCACCUACGUGGACAGCCCACGAAAGGUCAGUCCAACCCUAGGGCCCCGAGGCCCGUGCAUGCCUGUCCGUCGCAGAAGCCGCGACCUGGUCUUCAGCUCGGCUCUGAACGCGUGGAAUUGGGCCGAAGCCGAGUUUGAGGGGCAGUUGAAACUGAAUUCAGUCUCAGAGGUUCACGUGGUGGAAUUCACCAGAAGAACAGAAGUGGAUAAGUUCCUGGAAUUGGAAACAGCAAACAGAGAUGAGGAGUUUAUGUUACCUACCAUUAAAAAAAAAAUGAUCCCGUGUAAGAUGUAGUAAGGGAGUGCUCUGUACUGACAUGAAAUUAAAUUGAGCUGUGCUGAGUGCCGUGGGAGAUACAGGGAUGAACACGACACCCUGUGGACGUUGCUUGUUUGAUGUCUGUUCCCCCCUCCUCACCCCCAGAUGGUGUCUGUGGACCAGACAGCCACUCCGAUGUCGGACAGCACCAGUCUGGGGGUGAGCGCAGGCCAGUCCGUGGACAGAGGCAACAGCCAGACCUUUGGGAACUCGCAGAGCUCA